AUGUCCGGCUGGGGUGGCAAUUGGAGCUGGAACUCCGGCUGGAAGGGCGGUGGCGGAGGUGGAGGCGGCUGGGGAGAAGACAAUUGGCGUGACGGCGGGCGACGCUCGGACAAGGGCAAUGGCAAAGGCGGCGGUAAAAGCGGCAAGGGAAAGCAAGACAGACAGGAUGCCACACCUGCGCCUGGCAAAUCCAGGGAGCCCGGUGAGGCUUUGCAGCCCGGAGAGAGCAUUCGUCUCAAUGUGAAGGACUGCGAGGCGGGCCUUACCCUGAUGGGCGCUAGCGGCAGUGGCACUAGAGAGCGUGCCCGAAGGAAGACGGACAGCGGCACGCAAUGGGCUGGUGUACGCGCCGACUGCGGGGUCGGGGGAGAAGGCCUGUGGGCCUUCUGUGUAUGGAACGAAACAGGCGGCAACUUGCGGAUUGGUUGGUCGACAGCAGAUGCCAAGCUUGCCCUUGGGACGGAUCGGUUGUCGUGGGGCUUCGGUGGCACUGCCACCAAAUCUCACGCCGGCGUCUUUGAGAAGUUCGGCCAAACCUUCGGCAAAGAUGACGCCGUCACCUGCUGCCUUGACCUUGAGCGCCGCGCGAUCUUGUACUUCAAGAACGGCCGCGAGAUCCCCGGGGAUUGCUUCACGUUCGGCAAGGAGCUUUCCGGUGUACCCUUGUUCCCCCAUGUGUACACCAAGGAGGCCACCUUCUCCAUCUCUUUCGACGGAAGUGGAGGAGCUCCUCCCCUGUCUGGGGGCUUUAAGUGGAUUGCAGAGGCGGGGAACCUGGUCGCGCACUCCACCCGGGUCUCCGGAGCCGGGCCUGCCGAAGUGGCUGAGGAUGCGGGCGACUCAGGCCCCCAAUUUGUGCUGACGCCCUAUGGCUGGCGAACCGUGGCCCAAGCAGGAGGGAUUACGCAAGAGUGGCGCACCUCCCUGGAUGCUUAUGUAAGACACUUCACCUCCAGCCUUGAGCUCGAGUACGAAGCUGAGCGUCAGGCUGUGCUGGAGAAGGUGACGAAGAGAAGUACUCGCCAGCUGCAAGAUGAGGGUAUCGGCAUCGCCGGCCUAUGUGCUGAGUUUGACCCAGUCUACGGCCGAAUUUCUCUUUGGCCAGAUGGCUGGAGGAUGCCAUACCUGUCGGAGAUCAAGUUUGGGCGUGCCGUCCUCCUCAGCACGGUGAAUGGCGGCGUGGACUUGGAGGAUCCCAAGAAGACCAUCUCAGCCGAAGUGGAAAGCCUUCGUGAUGGAACCAUCACUCUCAGCACGCCAUAUGAGAGACUGCCGUCCACGGGGAACGGCAACGAUUUGUUCAGAAUUGACCUUGGCCCAAACAUUGUGGCAAACAAGCGGAUUGACCGGAUGCUGGAUGAGUUGCAGCGGUGUUUGGGGGUGGACCAGGCCGCCAACCCUCGAGAUUCCAUCCAGAAGCUGAAGAACUACAAUGCGAAUCUCUGCGGGCUGCUUCUGCCUGGCGCCCCUCUUGCAGAUGCGCUCUACGCGGACAUCGGGGAGUCUGCCGCCGCCGCGGCCAAGUGGGAUCCCUUGACAAGAGCGGCCCCCAACGCGAAAGCCGACAUUAGCCGCGCGGCGCGCGAGAAAGACAUUGGGGCAGACAAGUACUAUGCCAAGAGCCAGGAUCUUGGGAAGAAGGACCUGAAUGAGUCUCAGCAGAAUGCGUGCGAUAUGGUUCUGGAUAAGAGGCAGCGCUUCACCUUGAUCCAGGGCCCUCCAGGGACCGGAAAGACCACCACGGCUUCGGCAAUCAUUUGCGAGUGGCUGAAGACCAACCGCGGGCCGGUGCUGGCGUCGGCCUUCAGCAACAAGGGCUGCGACAACGUUGCCCAGCAGCUGCAUGCAUUGGGGGUCCGCGUGCUGCGCAUGGGCCUAUGCUCCGCCAAAGAGCCGUAUUCCCUGGAGACGCGGCUGGGGGAGAUCGGCAUGAGAAGAGGCGAGAAGGGCAUGAAGGCUGUCUUUGAGACUGUGGAUGUGGUUUGUGCGACCUGCAUUGGCUGCGGCAUGGGACCCUUGGAUAGCAAGACCUUUCCCUUCAUCGUUAUUGACGAGGCAGCCCAAGUCAUUGAGCCUGCGGUCAUCUUGCCUUUGGGCAAGGGUGCAGUGCAGGCGGUCAUGGUUGGGGACCAGUGCCAGUUGCCUGCUACGGUGCUCAGCCAAGAGGCACAGACCAAGGGCUUGGAUAUUUCCAUGUUUGACCGCCUCUUGUCCAUGGGCAUGGAGUACACGCUCUUGACAGACCAGUAUCGAAUGCAUCCCUGCAUCAGCGCUUUCCCAUCAUGGCGCUUCUACCGGGGGGACCUGAAGAAUGCAGUGACCGACGCGGAUCGCCAACUGCCUUCUGGGCUUCCCUUCCGAUCCCCGCUUUGCUUUCUGCAUGUGGAUGCUAUCGAGAGCUCCGGCGGGGCCUCGAAGAAAAAUGAGCAGGAAGCCGACUGCGCAGCCUGGAUCGUUGAGCAGGUGACUCAGGCUGGAAUCAGACCUGAGAACAUUGGCAUUAUCUCCCCCUAUGGGGCGCAGGUGAAGCUCAUUCAGAGGUCUUUGCCGUACAAUGCGCAGCUGUCGGUCCAAGUGUCGACCGUGGAUGCAUUCCAGGGCAGUGAGCGCGAGGUUAUCAUCUUGAGCUUGGUCCGUGCGAAUCGGCGUGGAGACGUCGGCUUCGUCGCAGAUUGGCGGCGACUGAAUGUGGCCCUCUCACGCGCAAAGCGGCUUUGCGUGGUGAUCGGAAAUAUCCCCACCUGGCUCUCUACCUCCAGUGAUCUCAUCCGUGACUGGCUGGGAUUUCACCAGCUUGGGAAGGCUGAUGUGAGGGCCUUCCGAGGCUACAAUGUGACGGCUCUGCCCCACGAUGUGGACGCCAAGGUCACCGAGCUGAGAAAAAAGUUCCUCACGAACAACCCGGCGCCUGCGAAGCUGUCGCGGACCCAGAAGGCGGAGCGGAACGUGUCGGCAGCGGGCAAAAAGGCCCGGGAGAUCACACAGGCCCUGGAAGAUGCCAUCAAGGCGGAAGAUGAGGCAGUGCUCAAGAGCGUCAUCUCUCAGGCCAAAGAAGCCGGCAUCGAGAAGAGCAUCAUCGACGAAGCGGAGACCGUGUUGGAGUCCCUGUCAGCGUCGAAGAAGCUGCAGGCUGCGAUGCGGAGCAAGGACCCAACUGCCCUGGUCCAGGCGAUCAUCCAGGCGAAAAUGACGGGCGUGGCCGAUGACCAGGUGGAAAAAGCCGAGGAGCUCAUGAACGAGCUGGUCGUGCCGUCCGAGGAGCACGGGCGAUCUUUCUACGCGCCAGCACCCAAGACGGAAGAGAAAGCGGAGAAAGCACCAGCACCAAAGAAGCCCAAGGGCAAGAGCUGGGCAGGUUUGCUGAACACCGGGCCCAAGUAUGCCGGCCGCAAGCGGGAGGAGGAUGAGGCGCCGCCCCCGGAGGAAGAGAGACACUUGCCCGAGCCCGAAGAGCCUCCUCAGCCCGUCGCGGAGAAGGGCAAAGGCAAAGGAAAAGGCAAAGACAAAGGCAAGUCAAAAGACAAGCCUGACAAACCCUACUUGGUGGUCCAUGCAGAGCAAGGAGCUGGAAUGACCCUCACCCCAACAUGUUGGGGUAUGCAUGUGGAUGAAGUAGAGGAAAAGCCGGGACAGCCUCAUGUUACUGCCGGAUGCACCGUGACUGCCAUAGAGGGAACUAAUCUUAUCGGACUCGAAAGUGAAGAUGCAGUUGCGGACACCUUCGGCGCAAAGUUCAAGGAUGGCGCCAUCAUUGAGGUGGAUCCGGCAACUUUUGAGACCCUGGACUUGCCACAUGACGCCACUCACUGGCCUUUGAGCUUCCAUGAGGACCUGGAGAUGUUGGCUUCUAAGUUUGCCAUCGAUUGUACCAUCUCUAAGUUGGGACACUUGGCAAUUGAAGGUGCCACCUGCAUACCCUAAUUGGACAUUGUAUCGUUUAGUGUGCUGAUUCUAGGUGUGACUCCUGCUUGAAGAUUUACAUCAUUUGGGAGGCACAUUUUGACGCCAGUGUUGUGCCGAAUGGUUGCGAGGAGGGCCCUCAAGCAAUGAUAUCAAGCUUGUUGAACAUCUCCAUUUGCCUUGUGACCGAGUACUUGAAAGAAUGCAUCGGCAUCUCAAAUCAUCAGAGUUCAUUUUCUGUGACACAUCCCUCGCCAAGGCUUGGAAUUGGCUGGUCCUUCCGUUGCGAUGGAGCCAGCAAAGCUCGAGCUACAGCAGUUGCUCGACUUCUACAAGAACGGACAGUCUGCAGAUCAACAGAAGCAAAGAGAGGUAGACGAAGAGGCCAUUCGCAUGGCCAUCCGCCAAAACCAGGAGCGGCUGCAGCGUGAAGCUGAGGAGUGGGCUGCGUGGCAAACAUACGUGCAACAGAUGCAGCAAACAUACACGGCCUAUGCUAUUGCGCAUCAGCAGGCAGUGCAGCAGCAGUGGGUGCAGCAAGUGAUGAUGCAACAGCAGGCCAUGCAGCAGAUGCAGCAGCACGCCAUGCUGCAGCCGCAAUACAAUCAGCCACCGCAGGGGCAGACAAUGUACCCUAGCCAGCCAUGCCAGCCGCAGAUGCAUCAGAGCGGCUGGGCGUUGUAUUACAACCAGUGUGGCCAGCCGUAUUAUUACAACGAAGCAACUGGAGAGACCCAAAUGCCAUAUGUACAAUCGCAGCCAAUGUGGGGCAACCAGUUCGGAUACCAAUGGGGUUGAAGGCCUUCGAGUCUGUUCAACACAUUAUGUGCGGAGUGUGCUGGUCCGCGCGUGCGCCGCGCCCGUAGCGCGCUCGAUGCUGAUGUGAGCAUGUGGUGUUUUGUUAUUAGCUGCGCCGCAAGCGCGCAGCUUUAAAGCGCGUGGGCCCAUGCCGAAUGGCCAGCCAUGGCCGAGGGCCCAUGAGGCUAUGUACAUUGUGUUGGCUAUAGACUCGGACAUUUAAGCAACAGAC